AUGCGUGACCUCAAAAUACAUGUUUGUGAUUAUUGGAGAAACUUGACUCCUCAGAGCAUAAGAUUUAGGGAUGGCGAAAGUUGUGAUAAAGUUGUCAUCAACUGUGAUUAUUUUCUUCAAGGACUAAUUAUUGUUACUUGUUCAAAGGAAUUGCCAAGUUUUAAUUUGUUUGUUGAGGCUUCUAAUGGUGGUGCUUCCUGCUCUUCAUCUGGUAUUUCCACGCAGUCGCUCAGUGAUGAGGAAUCAUGUAGUGGGUUCACUGAGACUUCAAAGAUUAAAUACUUGACGGAAGGUCACGAGGUAGUAAAACCUCUUUUAUCUGCAGGUUGGGAGGAUAUUUUUAAAGGUGUUGGUCAAGUUUUUCACGGUGGUGUUGAUGAGGUUUGCUUAGCUGUCAGCAAAUAUUGCAGCAAGUCUGGUUAUACAGUUGCAAAGGUUAAGAAUGAUAGACUAAGGUACACAACCAAGUAUGGUAGGGAUGCAGAUUGUCCUUGGUAUCUGCACUGUAUUUCAAUUGAUACCAAUAAAAGUGUCUUUGCUAUCAAGGAAUUCAACGGGGAGCACAAAUGUGGUGGUGCUUAUAAGCUGAAGGAUCCACUUGUGAAGAAGAAAUUGAUAAAACAUCUAUUCAAGGAUCAAAUACAAUCUAAUCCGUCGAUAAAGCCUAAUGAUAUGGUUGCUCAGGUGAAGAGUUUUUACGGUAUUAACAUAAAAUACCACCAUGCUUAUAAAGGGAAAGAAGCACCUAAGGCAGAGAUAUAUGGUGAUGAUGUAAAAAGUUUUACAGAUCUGGUUUGGUAUGUUGAAGCAAUAAAGGCUACCAAUCCUGGCAGCUAUAUUAAGUUUGAAUAUGAUAAAGAGACUCAACGUUUUCAGAGGAUUUUCAUAUGUUUUGCUGCCUGUAUGGAAGGAUAUCGGUUCAUUCGUCCUAUGCUUUACUGUGAUGCAACAUUUCUCACUGAGAGAUUCAAGGGAACAUUGAUGGCUGCCACUGGUGUGAAUGGGAACCAAGUUCCUAGAGAAGACAUUGAAGGGUGGGAGUGGUUUAUGGAAAACUUGCAGCGUUGUGUCGACUCUCGUCCAAUCACCUUUAUCACUGAUCGUCAUGAAGGGUUGAAGCAAAGUAUUCCCAUGUAUUUUCCCAACUCUUUUCAUAGUUAUCGUUUCUAUCAUUUUAAGAAUAACCUCCCCAUCAAGAAAUCACAUGAGAAGUAUAAACAAGUUCAGGAUUUGUUCCAUAAAGCUGCAUACUGCUACAACGUUGUCAGAUAUGAGGCAGCUUUGAAUGAGAUGUGCAUCAUAGGAUGUGCUUGGGUUUCCAAGUAUGGGACACACUCAUCAAGUAUUGCAGAGUCUUUCAAUAACUGGAUUCAUCGUGAAAGGGAUCUGCCUCCAGCUGCUCUUGUUGAUGAGAUCAGGAUAAAGAUUAUGAGGAUGAGUGCAGAAAGGUGUGAGCUCGGUAGAAAUUAUAGUGAUAGUUUGACUCCCAUCUAUAAGGCUUUACUCAAGUCACAUGUCGAUAUAGGGCGUCCAUGGGAUGUUACGGAGUCAGGUAAUGGUAUAUAUGAGAGAUGGAAAGUGUUUGGUUUCUCCUGUGCUCACGCCACUGCUGCUAUUACUAUGAAUGGUAUUGAGAUGUUGAGGUUUAUCCCGCCUUACUUUGGUUCGAACCAUUUUCGCCACACAUAUGCUCCUGCAAUUCGACCCAUUCCCAACUAUGACAGGCCAGAAGCGUAUGAACCUGAAGAGAGAGUCCUACCUGGUACUCCAAGGCCACCUCCAGGAAGACCACCAAAGAAGCGCAUUCGUAGUGCUUAUGAGAAGGAGAUGAGGCCUAUGAAGUGCUCAAACUUUAAAAAGAUUGGGAACCACAACAAAGCUACCUGUCAUGUAUCAAUGCUGGAGUAG